UAACCAUAAAACAGAAGAAUAAGAAGUGAGAAGUGAGGAGAAUAAGAAAGAAGAAGGAAAAUGGCACGUCGUGAAUUGGUAGUCCUUGCUUUGGUAUUAGUUGCCAUUGUGGGGGUUGCAGCCGCAGACUCAGGCAGCAGUCCUACACCUUCACCAUCUAAGAAAGAAGACAAAGACUCAGAAAGCCGCAGCAGCAGCGACAGCAGUUCAUCAUCGUCGUCGUCACCAUCCUCCUCUCCAUCCUCCUCCUCCUCAUCAUCAUCAUCAUCUGAUGCCCCGACCUCCUCCUCAUCAUCAUCAGAUGACAAGGACAAGGACAAGAAGGAUAAAUCAUCAUCAGCCCCGGCCCCAUCAGCAUCAGCCCCCAAGUCAUCAUCGUCAGAUAGUAAGGACAAGGACAAGUCAUCAUCGUCAGAUAGUAAGGACAAGGACAAGUCAUCAUCAUCACCAUCUCCCAGCAGCUCUUCGGGCGGCUCUUCUUCUUCAUCACCAUCGCCCAAGUCUUCCUCUUCUGGCAGCCCAUCAUCAUCUUCAGGUAACAAAGACAGUGGCAGCAGCUCAUCUUCACCAUCGCCUAAGUCCUCCCCAUCAGGCUCUUCGGGAUCUUCUGGGUCUUCAGGCUCUUCUGCCAGCUCCCCCAAGUCAUCAUCUUCAGGCGACAAAGAUAGCGACAGCAGCAGCAGCAGCAGCAGCAGCAGCAGCCCAGCUUCAUCUCCUAAGUCAUCAUCUUCGGGCAAUAAAGACAAAGACAGCAGCUCAUCUCCAUCUUCUGACGACGACACCUCCACGGCACCAGCCCCCAGUGAAUCAGCGUCUCCCCCUGCCCCGUCCACGGACAGUACUGAGACUCCCUCCGACAUUAUCACCGCUGACACACCAGCUCCAUCCGACUCUUCCUCUAAAAGCGCCGCCGCAGCCCCGGCCUUCUUCUCUACUGUCUCCGCCGGUAGUGUUGCCCUACUCGCAGCUGCCACCUUGUUUGCCUUCUAAGUUAGUUACCCCUCUCACUGCAUGAUGCGCUUUCUAUUUUUAUGCCCCGAAACUUAAUUCGAUGUUUUUCGGUCGAGACCCUACUUCUUCUGAUCAUUAUCAUCUUUCAGGACUAGUGAUUUAUUCUCUGUAACAUCGAAUCAGUCCACGUUUUGUCCGUUUCACUCAUUCAACUCAUUAAUUAAAGGGCAUUCAACUUAA